AUGAAUCACGGAAACGCUUCCUCCGCACUCAAGACCGCCAUACGCGGCGCCUCCGCUGCACGAGGCACCAGCCGGGCCGCCGUCCAAGGGCGGGCCGUCGCGAACGUCCAGCAGCGGACGUUCAUCACACCCGCUUACAACCUUGCCAAGAAGAUCACUCCCAAGAUCUCCGCCACCGAGGCCGCCGCUUUGGAGGCCGGCACGAUCGGCUUCGACCGCGACAUCUUCGACGGCACGGCCAGCCUGCAGUCCCUCAAGGACAAGUACACCAUCGCCAAGUUGACCGACCGGGAGCAGUCCUUCAUCGACAAUGAGGUCGAGACCUUGUGCGAGAUGCUUGACGACUACCAGAUCUCCAAGGACAGGGACCUGCCCAAGGAAGCGUGGGACUACAUGCGCGAGAAGGGCUUCCUGGGCAUGGUCAUCCCGCAGGAGUACGGUGGCCUGGGAUUCUCAGCUCACGGCCACUCCCAGGUUGUUCAGAAGAUCAGCUGUGCCAGCGGCAGCGCCGCCGUUAGCGUGAUGGUACCCAACUCCCUCGGCCCCGGCGAACUCCUCCUGAGGUACGGCACCCAGGCCCAGAAGGACAACUACCUGCCCCGCCUCGGGCGCGGAGAGCUGAUCCCCUGCUUCGGACUCACCGGCCCCUCCUCCGGCUCGGACGCCGCCUCCAUGCGCGACGUGGGCUACGUGACCGAGGAGAACGGGGUGAUGGGUGUCAGGGCCACCUUCAAGAAGCGCUACAUCACGCUCGCGCCCGUGGCCGGCAUCGUCGGGCUGGCGUUCAACCUCAAGGACCCGAACAACCUGCUCAAGGGCAACGGCAACGAGGGCAUCACGGUCUGUCUGCUCGAGAGGGGGCACCCGGGGCUGCGCUUGGGCGACCGGCACGACCCUUCCGCCAGCAGCUUCAUGAACGGUACCGUGGAGGGGGAAGAGGUCUUCAUCCCCCUGGACCAGAUCAUCGGGGGCCGCGAGAGGGCAGGGUUCGGGUGGAACAUGCUCAUGGACUGCCUCGCCGAGGGCCGCGGCAUCUCCCUGCCAGCCAUGUCCGUGGCGGCGUCGAAGAUGACCGCGUCCGUCGUGGGGGCCUACGCGCGCAUCCGCAAGCAGUUCAAGGUCCCCCUGGCUGAGCUCGAGGGGGUCCAGGAGCACCUGGCGUCCGUGGGCAGCAACACCCUGCUGGUCACCUCGGGACAGGCCCUCAUGAACUCCAUGCUCAACGGGCACGAGCAGCCCGCGGUGCUCUCUGCCGUCAUGAAGCAGCAGAUGACCACGCGCAUGCGCCAGAACAUCAACGACGGCAUGGACGUCUUGGGCGGGGCCGGUAUCUGCAACGGGCCUGCCAACUUCAUGGGAAACCCUUACAUGGCCAUCCCUAUCGCCAUUACCGUCGAGGGCGCCAACACCCUUACGCGCAGCCUCAUCAUCUUCGGGCAGGGCCUCACACGCUCGCACCCCCACCUUCUCGACAUCAUCCGCUCCAUACAGCACGGAGACGACCAGAAGGGCUUUAACAAGGCCCUGGGGCAGAUCAUCGGGCACGGCGUGGCCAACUCGACCAGGUCCUUCGCUCGCGCGCUGACGCGCAGCCGGUCCCGCGGCUCCGACCCGGCGGCUUACUACGCCUCUCAGCUCGACCGCCUCACGGCCGCGUUCGCCUACUGCUCGGACAUCGCGCUCACCAUGGGCGGCAAGAUCAAGUUCGCGGAGAUGCUCUCCGGCCGGUACGCCGACGUGCUGAGCGGGCUGUUCCUGGGGUACUCGACCCUGUGGUACACCUCGCACCACAAGAACGUCAAGGGGCUGGACAAGGUCACUGACUUCGCCAUGCAGCGCACCCUGGCCGACAUCGAGGACGCCUUCUACGGCAUCUUCGCAAACUUCCCCAGCAAGACGCUUUCUCUCGCCAUGCGCGGAGUGGCCUUCCCCACCGGCCGCUGCUACCAACAGCCCUCCGACACCCUCGCCCAGGAGGUGUCCCAGCUCAUCUCCACCGACACCCAGGUGCGCGAGCUGUUCAAGGAGAACGUGUUCCUCAGCAACGACCCCAUGAACCGGAUGACGCUCAUCGACGCCACCCUGCCCAAGGCGGUCCAGGCUGACGGCGUCCUGCGCACCCUGAGGCGCGAGAAGCGCGAGGCCACCGCCGACGAGCAGGCGCUGAUCGACGAGGUUGAGGCGGCCCGCGAGAUCAUCAUCCAGGUCGACAGCUUCCCCGGCCUGGGCAAGGAGAUGCAGGACGGCCGCGACUUCAGCCCGGAGAACCGCCCGGCCCUCGACGACAUCUACGGCGUCAAGACCGGCGCUGCCAAGAGCGCGGUGGCAUGAUAACACACCGCGUCGUCCACAAGUGGCGUGCUUUGAUGCCGCGGAACCGUGGCUCGAUAGGAUUAUCAGACAUUCGGCAGUUUGGUACUGGAGGAGAAUUGUCAGGAUCUUUGUUACGUCGUUGACCUUGUUGCGUCGGCGGCGGCUUGGUUUGUGCCAAGUUGGCCACCGCGGCAGGAUUGCCCGGAGAAAGCAAAAAGAAACAUAGAGAAUUGUGCUGUUUGCCCUUUUGCCGCGGCCGUUGUAUCGAGAAAGUAUGGCGGGGCAUGACGUGGUUGACGGUAUUUAUUGCAAGAUAAGGAGUCUGGGGCACAGAAGGUUAGAAGAAACGUCAUGUCUGUCUUUCGGUGGCGGGCCCUCGGUCCACAGUCGUUUCUUCAUAAGCUCGAAUGUAAAAAUUUGCAUGAUUUCGAGGCCCAUUUUCGAAGAGACGUACUGGUGCAGUCCCAGCGGUAGAGGCGGGAGGUCCCGCUGGUGCUUUUUUUUUUGUAACGUGGCUUGACUCCUCCAGGCGAGCCAGGGGCGAAGGAGGGAUAGAUGCUGGAUAAUGGGCACAAACCGAAGCCCUUCGCAUGUAGUCCCCGGUUUUCUGAUUUUUUUGAGUGUCAUGUAUGCAUAUUAGCCAUUGGACGACCAGACGGGUGCAACGCAUGUGCCCUUGCCUCAUGAACAACAGAAAGAAUAGGGGUACUAUAUGUGUGUGAUGGUAUGUGGCUU